UAAACAUGUGUGGAACUUGGAAGAUUUCCAAAUGUUUAUCGGCAUGAUAUGAAAGACGGAAUCAAAGAGGGCUGGAAGCUAUAUAUAAAGAAGGGUGCUUCAAAUCUGUGUGUUGUGUUUUCAGACCAGUUUUUGUAGAAUUAUAUACUUAGAUUUCAGUCAAGAAGAAGAAGCAAAAAUGACAGUGAUGAAGUUUAGCUGGGGAUCAAUUAUCCCAAGAUGUUCAAAGGGUAUUGAGAUUGAGAAACCAGAAGAACCCAAGCCUAAGAAGGAAGAUUCAAAGCGCGGUUCUUUUGGCCGGCUUGCAAUGUUGGACCUAAGCUAUCCAGGCUCGAUGCUAUCCGAGGAUCUUUCCACGUCCCUCGCCGGUUCCAAUCUCAAUGUCUUUACGCUCGAGGAGCUAAAGGUGAUAACACAGUGCUUUUCAUCCGCUAAUUUUCUCGGCGAAGGUGGGUUCGGACCGGUUCAUAAAGGGUUCAUUGAUGAUAAGCUUAGGCCUGGUUUAGAAGCUCAGCCUGUUGCUGUUAAACUCCUGGAUUUAGAAGGCUGCCAAGGACACAGAGAGUGGCUGACCGAAGUGGUGUUUCUUGCACAAUUGAGCCAUCUACAUCUGGUGAAACUUAUUGGAUAUUGUUGUGAAGAAGAACAUAGGCUCCUUGUGUAUGAAUAUAUGCCUAGGGGAAGCCUUGAAAAUCAACUAUUUAGAAGGUACUCGGUGCCUCUUCCAUGGUCAACGAGGAUGAAAAUAGCUCUUGGAGCUGCCAAGGGUCUUGCUUAUCUCCAUGACGCUGAAAAACCAGUCAUAUAUCGAGAUUUUAAAGGUUCAAACAUCUUGCUGGACUCUGAUUAUACAGCAAAACUUUCAGAUUUCGGCCUGGCAAAAGAUGGCCCUGAAGGGGAUAAAUCCCAUGUUUCAACCAGGGUAAUGGGGACCCAUGGAUAUGCUGCCCCUGAGUACAUCAUGACAGGUCACUUGACGGCGAUGAGUGAUGUUUAUAGUUUCGGGGUUGUACUAUUGGAGCUGCUAACGGGGAGGAGAUCUUUAGACAAGAAGCGGUCUCCGAAGGAACAGAACUUAGUAGAGUGGGCUCGGCCGAUGUUGAAUGAACCUAGGAGACUUGGUCGGAUAAUGGACCCCAAGCUCGAAGGGAAAUACUCGGAGAUGGGUGCACGGAAGGGGGCUGCAUUGGCUUAUCAAUGCCUUAGUCACCGGCCGAAACAAAGACCCAAAAUGAGUGAAGUGGUUAAGAUUUUGGAGCCACUUCUGGACUAUGAAGACACCUCGGUUAGAACCUUUGUUUAUACGGUCACAACCCAAAGUGGUUCGCCACCAAAGGAGGUUAAGGACACUAAGGAAUGUAAAGCUAAAGCAGAGGUAAAGAAAGAGAGUGGCCAUCAUCAUCAUCGUCAAAGGAACCAAAAAGACCACCACGGACGUAGCCAUCAUAGCAAAUCGUCGAGUAUGUCUUCGGUUCACUCGGAAAAUGACUCAUUGAAACAAAAUACUGAGCAGGGGCCGAAUUCGCGUUUGCACCGCAAGUCUAGGGAAGAACACAAUAUGGACUAGAGGAACGGUAUUUCACUUUGUAAAUAUUGCCUUUGGAUUUGCCUACUGAUAAACGUUGAAAGUGUAAGUUUCUUUUGAGAGCAAAGAUGUUUCAAUAAGGCUUA